AUGUUCCAGCAUCCCCCGCCCCAUCUCCACCCGCUCCACCGCCCCCCGACGGCCCCCUCCACCCCCGACACGGAGCACUCCGCCCAUAACUGGCCCAACAACCCCAGCUUCCCACACCUCGCCCAGGGGCUCCAGCCCGCCAACCUCCCCCCCUACAUUCUCGAUCGCCGUCAGCCCUUUGGCGGCUACUCUGCCAACGGCGCCGACGGGUUCAGACCAAGUGCGAGCCACACCCCGCAGAUAGGCAGCGCGCAGUCGACUACCCCGGGCCCUGGUGCUUCCGGCCCCUUACUGCCCCAAAACCUCGCCCAGCACCUCAACAACCCCCCGCCUCCUACGACAUCACAGCACAUCAAUGCUGCAGUUGCGGCCCAAGCGGCGUCGACGCCCCAUGUGCCAACGCCAGGCGGCAAAGUGUUGCUGAUGCCGAAUGGGGCGCUUCCCCCGGCGGGGAGCGAAGAGGAGAAGAUCUACGUGCUUAUCACCGAGCUGCUGGACCCGGACACUCGGGAAGGAGCGCUGCUCGAACUGAGUAAGAAGAGAGAGUUGUAUGAGGAUUUGGCUUUGGUACUGUGGGGUGGUUUUGCAGGGAUCAUGAGCUCGCUUCUGCUCGAGAUUGUCGCCGUCUACCCUGCCCUUUCGCCCCCCUCAUUAACGGCCCACGCCUCCAACCGAGUCUGUAACGCCCUCGCGCUCCUCCAAUGCGUCGCCAGUCACCCCGACACCCGCGCUCUCUUCUUGAAUGCCCACAUCCCCUUGUUCCUUUAUCCUUUCCUCAACACGACAAGUAAAACAAGACCCUUUGAAUACCUCAGAUUGACUUCUUUGGGUGUUAUCGGUGCGCUGGUCAAGCAAAACGACAACUCUGAUGUCAUUAACUUUCUCCUCUCCACCGAAAUCAUUCCUCUCUGUCUUCGGAUCAUGGAGACCGGCUCCGAGCUCUCCAAAACGGUCGCCAUCUUUAUCGUGCAAAAGAUCCUUGCCGAUGAUCUCGGCCUGCAGUACAUCUGCCAGACCUAUGAGAGAUUCUACGCUGUCGGAACAGUGUUGGCGAACAUGGUGGAUGCCCUUGUGGAAAGUCAGGCGGUCAGGCUGUUGAAGCAUGUUGUGAGAUGUUACUUGAGGAUGAGCGACAACCCUAGAGCACGAGAGGCUCUCCGCGCGUGUCUUCCCAAGGCGUUGCAGGAUAACACAUUCAACCCUCUGCUCAAGGGCGACCUCGUCACCAAACGAUGCCUGUCAACGCUCCUCAUGAACCUCAACAGCCCCGGCCCUACUCCCGACCAUCAAUAG